ACCUGCACAUGCAUUGUUACAAUUAUUUUUGGGUCUAAUGUCCUAUUACGAUGUUAAAUGUACUAUUAACAAAUUAUGAUAUACUCCAGUAUUUUGGGGAUACUAGUUUUGAAUUGGUUGUGGUUAGUGAUAUGUAGAUGAAAAGUAAGAAUUAUUAGUGAAAUGGUAUUGAAAAGAAAGGUAGUGUAGUACUGUAUUGUAUAGGUUGAGAUUGAUAUUUGGAGAGGAGAGUGGUAUGCACAUGAAAUGAAAGUGAGUUGAGUUUUUAAUUGCCACUUCCACUCUAAAGUCCUUUGUCCUCUCUCUCUACUUAGAAUCACUAAGGACAAAGAUUGGGUUUUCUUGAUAUAGAAAAAGGUAAACCUCAAAGGGACCAUUUUAGUUUUCCCAACUUGUUCAUUCAUUGGAGAAGUUCACCACAAGCACUCCAACUAAUAAUCAUCUCAUUCAUUCCUUCCUUCCAUUCCAUCUUCUCUCAAUAGAGAGUUAACUCAACUUCACAAAAAGAAGAACAAACCAACUUGCUUCUUCUUUCUUUGUUGUCCUUGUGGUUGGUUUGCCACCAUCAUCAUCAUCAUCAAUUAUUAAUAAUUUUUUGGGAGUGUGAAAAAUGAAAUCUUUGAUUUGUGUCUGGCUAGGCUGACUCAGUGGGUCAUAUUUGUUUUUGCGGUGUGGCUGUGGCCCCUACAAUCCUCCCACUUGCUUCUUCUUUGCUGUCUUCUUAGCUUCACCUUAGCUGCCUUUAAUCUUAUGUUGUCUCUCUUAAACAUCUCUCUCUCUCUCUUGUUCUUGUCUCUCCCAUUUUUGUCACUCUUUCUUCUCUUUCCAUUUAAAGAUCCAUUCUUUCUCCCAUAUAUACUUCCUCACCCAUUCUUCUGUUUUUGUUUCCUAAAAUUGUGAUUUUUUCUCUCUACAAAACCUUGAUUCUAUUUCUGUGUCUGCUGAUUAGGAUACUUGCUUCCUUUCAAUUCAACAACCAUCCUCGUCACCUUGUUGAUUCUCAAACGUGUAAAGUUUGUUCUUUUAUCUAUAUUUGAUUCCAUUGUUUUGGUUUUGGGAUUUAGGAGCUUUUUGCCAAAAAGGGAUUCUUCAUACCAAUACUACUGUACUAAGGUUGUUCUGAGACUGAGAUUCAUGCUUGGUCUUAGAACACUAUGGAGAGGUUUACACUUCUUUAGCAUUCAGUACUAUAAUAAGUUGAAAAGAGAUGAAGAACAUUCUUAAGAAGCUUCAUAUAAUGUCUAAUAAUCAAUCAGAAGAUGCACAAUCAGAAAGAAGCAACAAGUCAAAUGAUGGCUCAUCUUCAUCUCCUACUACCCGAAAGAAGCUUUCAAAUUGGUUGCAAUCGGUUUCUUCUAAUAGGCAGAGUCCUAGCAGUCCUCCAUCGCCACACCUGGCAAGAGGAGAAAGAGUAGAGCUAUCUGAUUCAGUGACUUUUGGUGGUGGUGGUGGUGGUGGUGGUUUGGAUAUGGUGGUGUGUGAUUCAACCAAGCGUGAUUCGGGGUCUAGCAGUUCAAGGGAUCCUGAAGUGGAAGAAGAAUAUCAGAUUCAGCUUGCUUUAGAGCUGAGUGCAAAGGAGGAUCCUGAGGCUGUACAGAUUGAAGCUGUUAAGCAGAUCAGUUUGGGAUCUUGUGACCCUGAUAAUACACCAGCUGAAGUUGUUGCAUAUAGAUACUGGAAUUACAAUGCUCUUGGCUAUGAUGACAAGAUCUCAGACGGUUUCUAUGAUCUGUAUGGUGUCUUAACCGAUUCAACCUCGACAAGAAUGCCUUCUCUGGUAGAUUUGCAAGGAACACCAACUGCAAAUGAUGUAAAAUGGGAAGCAGUCUUGGUCAAUAGGGUUGCCGAUUCCAAUUUGUUGAAACUUGAGCAAAAGGCCUUGGAGCUUGCAGUGGAAUCAAGAGAAGAUUUUGAAAUAGUUGUAGAUAGAAAUUUGGUGCACAAUCUGGCAAUACUAGUGGCUGAAUAUAUGGGUGGAUCAGUUGAAGAUCCUGAAAGCAUGUCAAGAGCAUGGAGGAGUCUUAGUUACAGUCUAAAAGCAACCCUUGGUAGCAUGGUUUUGCCACUUGGAUCAUUGACCAUUGGAUUGGCUCGGCAUCGUGCAUUGUUAUUUAAGGUAUUAGCUGAUAGUUUGGGCAUCCCUUGUCGGUUGGUGAAAGGAAUGCAAUAUACAGGUUCAGAUGAUGUGGCAAUGAACUUUGUCAAGAUUGACGAGGGCAGGGAGUACAUUGUUGACCUCAUGGCAGCUCCUGGAACUCUUAUUCCAUCUGAUGCAACUGGUUCACAUAUUGAGUAUGAUGAUUCUUCUUUUAUAGCCAGUCCUUCAUCAAGAGACCUUGAUUCAUCUAACAUUGCAUCGUUCAGCACCGGGGUUGGAAGUUCAUCUGAAGAAACUUCAGAGUUUGCGAAUUUUGAUAAAGGAAAUAGAUACAAACAUUUUGCCUAUGCAGAGAAGGAAUCGGAUGUUAGUAGCCCCCCCACUGGCAAGGAAGAAUCAAAGAAACCACUAAACGAAUUCAAAAAUAUCCCUAACGUAGAAAAAAUCAAGGCGAGGGAAUCUGUUAGCAGACCUAAUAAUUAUCCAUAUACGCACGGAAGAUCUCCUUCUUGGACAGAAGGGAUCAGUUCCCCGGCAGCACAUCGAAUGAAAGUCAAAGAUGUUUCCCAAUAUAUGAUUGAUGCUGCCAAGGAAAACCCUAACUUGGCUCAAAAACUUCAUGAUGUUUUACUCGAAAGUGGCGUUGUUGCUCCCCCAAACUUGUUUUCUGAAAUUUAUCAUCAGCAGUCAGGUUCCCAAAAUGAGGCCAAUUCUCCAACUGAAGAAAAAGAUGAAUAUAAACAGGGAAGUGCACAGAAAGAAGAUACGGUUAGCGAUAAUCUAGGUCCUCGAUUUUUGCCUCCGUUGCCUCCCCACCGGAUGCAUCCCAAAGCAACUCCUAGCAAUCAGCUGGAGCAUUCUAAGCCUGUAGAAGGUUUGGGAAUUGGCCUUUCUCUUGAUACACGAGAAGCUGCUGGACAGCACAUACAUUCCGAGGCAGAGGCAACACAAGUAAAGUAUGGGAAAAAUGUCCCGGUUGCUGCUGCUGCAGCGGCCGCAGCUGCUGUUGUUGCAUCUUCAAUGGUAGUUGCUGUGGCAAAGUCAAACACUGAUUCAAAUUUUGAGAUUCCUGUAGCGGCAGCUGCUACAGCUACUGCUGCAGCUGUUGUAGCAACCACUGCUGCUGUCAAUAAACAGUAUGAGCAGGGGAGUCGAAGUGACGGAGAUACUGAUGGUUCUGGUAAUGAGCCAAAAGGUAGCGGUGAUGGAAAGUAUAAUGCUUUAGGAGCGAACUCAGAAGGCGAGCAAAAAUCUGAUAGAUCAGUAGGCAAUGAUAGCACGAAAUCUGAUUCUGCACUAGAUGAUGUUGCCGAGUAUGACAUUCCAUGGGAGGAAAUCGCGAUGGGUGAGCGUAUCGGACUUGGAUCAUAUGGAGAAGUGUACCGUGGUGAAUGGCAUGGAACUGAAGUUGCUGUAAAAAAGUUUCUACUUCAAGAUAUCUCUGGGGAAUCACUUGAAGAAUUCAAAAGUGAGGUCCAAAUAAUGAGAAGACUGAGGCAUCCAAAUGUUGUUCUCUUCAUGGGGGCUAUAACUCGACCACCAAAUCUUUCAAUCGUUACUGAAUUUCUUCCUAGAGGGAGUCUGUAUAGAUUAAUUCAUCGACCUAACAAUCAAUUAGAUGAGCGAAGGCGGUUGAGGAUGGCCCUGGAUACUGCUCGAGGAAUGAACUAUUUGCACAACAGCACUCCAGUUAUAGUGCAUCGUGAUUUGAAGUCUCCAAACCUCCUCGUUGACAAAAAUUGGGUUGUAAAGGUAUGUGAUUUCGGCUUGUCUCGAAUGAAGUACAGUACGUUCCUUUCUUCUAGAUCAACUGCGGGAACAGCUGAGUGGAUGGCUCCAGAAGUGUUGAGAAAUGAACUUUCAGAUGAAAAGUGUGAUGUUUUUAGCUACGGGGUCAUAUUGUGGGAGCUCUCUACUCUGCGACAACCCUGGGGCGGAAUGAAUCCCAUGCAAGUUGUUGGUGCUGUCGGUUUCCAGCAUCGUCGUCUGGACAUUCCAGAUGAUGUGGACCCUACCAUUGCAAAUAUUAUCAGACAAUGUUGGCAGACAGAUCCAAAGUUGAGGCCCACUUUUGCUGAAAUCAUGGCAUUACUGAAGCCAUUGCAGAAGCCAAUUACUAGUUCUCAAGCGCAGAGAGCAAGUGCUCACAACACAUCAUCGCGAGUUGCUGAAAAUCCUGCAGAAUAGAAGACAAUUAUACAGCUAACGAAACUUUUUAUUUUACUGCUAAAAAAAGUGAGGGCAAUUUGUAAAUUAAUUUCUGUUACUGAUUGGUUCAAGACCAUCAGCUAACGUUCAUUCUUAUUCAUGGUUUUCACACCUGUCUUUUUUCUCCGUUUGUUUCCUUUCUCUUUUGUAAUCUACAACGCAGCCAUUGUUAGGUUGUUCCAUUCCGUUUGUACAAAAUUCUUUUGCAAAAAUGUUGUAAUCAGCAUCUAAAUUUUGUUGUCCAUAAAUAGUUAUUAAAAGUUGCAGUUGUAGCUUCAACAGAAAAAAGGAUUAAAUGUAAGUGAAAAUUGCUUGCUGGCUA